AUGGAGCGGGCCUUCAAGGGCCGCGUGCUCGCCGUGCGCCUCGCGCCCUGCGCGGACCCCGCGCGCGCGCGGGCCGACGGCCACUUCCACGGCGGCAGCUGCUGGGUCCGGUUCGAGCGCGCGGCCGCGGCCCGCGCCGCGAGCCGCGCGGGCGAGAUCGAUCUCGGCGGCCGCGUCGCGAAGAUCUGCCUGUCGCGCAUGAAGGCGCCGGACCCGCUCGCGGGCGACCGGCCGGGCCGCGGCGCGGUCUUCGCGCGCCUCAGGGACGCGGCGACGCUCGCGGCCGUCGACGGCGUCGUCGCGGAGCUCCGGCCGCUUUUGGACGCGCGCGAGUACACGCUCGUCUUCGCGGCGUUGGGCCGCGUGCGCGCCGACGGCCGCGUGCGGCCCCUGCUCGACGAGGCGCGGCGCGCGGGCCGCGCGGACGUGAUCUGCUACAACGCGGCGAUCUCCGCCGCGGGCUCCGCGGGCGACCGCGCGCUCGCCCUCGGCGUCCUCCGGGCGCUCGUCGGCGACCCGGCCGCGGAGCCCGACGCCAUCUCCUACAACGCGGCCAUCGCGGCCUGCGAGCGCGCGGGCGACUGCGACGGCGCGCUCCGCCUCUUCGCGUCGCUCAAGAGGCGCGGCCUCCGGCCGACGGCCGUGUCCUACAACGCCGUCGUCGCCGCGUGCGCGCGGGGCGGCCGCUGGGCGGCGGCCCUCGAGUGUCUCGGGCGCAUGCCCGGCGACGGCGUCCCGCCGGACUCCGUCGUCUACCACGCCGUCGUCGGCGCGUGCGAGGCCGCGGGCGAGGGCGACGCGGCGACCGCCGCCUACGCGGCGGCCCUCGACGGCGGCGCGCUCGACGCGCGCGCGCUCUGGGACGCCGACGGCGCGUUCCUCCUGCCGCGCGUCCAGGGGCCGGACGUCGCGGUCGCGGCCGCGCGGCUCGCGCUCCGCGACGUCGUCGACGAGCCGGAGACGCGGCCCUUCUUCUCGCUCGCGGGCACGGUGGCGGCGCUGGACCCGGAGACGGGCGAGACCUACGACGCCGCCGGCGACGACCUGGUGAUCAGGGCCGACUGCGACGCGUCCCUCGCCGCGGUCGCGGACCUCCUCCGCGACGCGUUCCCCCAGCUCGACGCGGCCCCCGCGAAGGGCGCCGUCGCCGUGACCUGGGCGAGCCUCCGCGAGUGGAAACGGACGGCGCCGAGGUAA